AUGCAAUUCCCCAUCCUUCAACAUGCGUUAUUCGCCCUGACAGGAUACUGGGCUUCGCGAUCACCCAGCAGCAGGGCAGAAGACUCCGUGAAGGCUCUGUGGCAUAAGCAAAAGGUCCUCGUGCUGUUCCGGGAAAGUCUCGCCGCCGGAGACUGCGCCAGCCUUCCCAAUCUGCUUGCCUGCCUUUUCAUCCAAUCCAUCGAAAUCGUCGACUCUGGUAUCGGGGACUGGGCCCUGUGGCUGCAGGGCAUCAUCAUGAUGCUCCAGGGCCGAGACAGACUGGAGGCGGACAUGGUGGAAGCCAGCGACUGGCAAGUCUUCACCAAGUGCGCCGUCGCUAUGGAGACAAUGGCAGCCGUGACAUCUUGGCGCCCCAUCACCAUCUCCAGCGCCUACUGGCGUGCCUUCCUCGGUGACUUGAGCGUGUAUUACCAUGUUCGACGUGAUGGGGAGAUGACUGUCCACAGGUUAUGCAGCCAGGAUCAGUUCUUCCAGAAAAUCCUCGGAUGUCCGACCAUCGUCUUGUUCGUGCUCUGCGAGAUUGAGCGAUACAUGGCAUCGGCGCCAUGCGGUGGCGGCAGUGUGGAGGGGACGCGGGCUGACAACGACAGCAAUUGUCGCUUCAAUGCCUGGGAGGACCUCUUGGUUCGUUGGACGCCGCCCGGGGAUAGCAGCGAGACCCUAAUGAGCAUUUCAGAAGCGUACCGCAACGCAGCCCUUGUGCACUAUUCGCGAAGGGUGCGGAGGCUCCCGUACCGCCAUGCUACGGUGCAGCAGUACAUUGUCCGGACCCUCCACCACCUCAAGGAGUUUGACUAUCGCAUGACGAGUGUCAACGUAAUAUGGCCUCUCAUGAUUGCCAGCCUAGAGCUGGAUAUUUUCGAACGGCCAGAGUUGAAGCAGCGGACCCUCGAAAUUCUCGAGGACUUUCCGCCGGACGUGAACAGACUUGUGCUGUUUGAGAAUUGCGCAGAGCUGCUAAGGCUGGUUUGGGACCAUCGGCGCAGGUCGGAACUGAGGGGCGAGGAGCCCCUUGACUGGAGAGACAUUUCAAAGGAGGUUGGCUGGGUCUGGUCCUUUUGGUGA